AUAACACACACAACAUUUGUGAGGGCAAGUCCAGAAAACCAUGCAGUCAUCGGGGCACAGAUUCCGGGACAUUGAGCACCAUCCCCUCCUUGCUGAAAAUGACAGCUAUGAUUCUUCUUCAUCGGAAGCCGAUAUGGCAGACAGGGUUUGGUUCAUCCGUGAUGGCUGUGGCAUGGUCUGUGCUGUGAUGACGUGGUUUCUGGUUGUCUAUGCAGACUUUGUAGUGACUUUUGUCAUGUUGCUGCCUUCCAAAGACUUUUGGUACUCUGUGAUCAAUGGUGUUCUUUUUAACUGUUUGGCAGUGCUAGCUCUGUCGUCUCAUCUGAGAACUAUGCUAACUGAUCCUGGGGCUGUACCAAAAGGAAAUGCCACUAAAGAAUACAUGGAGAGUUUGCAGCUGAAACCAGGGGAAGUGAUCUACAAAUGUCCAAAAUGCUGUAGUAUCAAACCAGAACGUGCACAUCAUUGCAGUAUUUGCAAGCGAUGUAUUCGAAAGAUGGAUCAUCACUGCCCCUGGGUGAAUAAUUGUGUAGGAGAGAAAAACCAGAGGUUUUUCGUGCUGUUUACGAUGUAUAUAGCCCUAAUUUCAGCUCAUGCACUCAUUCUGUGUGGGUUUCAGUUUUUCUCUUGUGUCCGAGGACAGUGGACUGAAUGCAGUGACUUCUCCCCGCCUGUAACUGUGAUCCUGAUGGUCUUUUUGUGCCUUGAGGGUUUUCUGUUUCUCACUUUCACUGCUGUUAUGUUUGGCACCCAAAUCCACUCAAUAUGCAAUGAUGAAACGGAGAUUGAGAGGCUUAAAAGUGAAAAGCCAACAUGGGAGAGGAGACUACGUUGGGAAGGGAUGAAAUCUGUCUUUGGGGGCCAACCUUCACUCCUGUGGAUCAAUCCUUUUGCAGGAUUUCGAAUCAGGCAACUUUUGCUAAGAGCAAAGAAAGGGGGACCUGAGUUUUCUGUGUGA